CCGCAGAAGCCCAUCCCCUAGCGGUCCGUCCGGGUGAGUGCAGCCUGCGUGUGCGCAUGGGCGGAGUAGACGGCGGCCGCUGCGCGCUGGUUUUAUUCUAGGAGGAAUUUCUUCUCUUUUUUUCUUCUUUUUUUUUUUUUUUUGAACGAAAAUGGCGUCUGGUCAGGGAGGUGUGGGAGCUGUCACCGCGCUGCAAAGCCAUCACGAGUACCCCGGCGGACCUCACUGGAGCCCGGCUGUCAGCCAGUACCAGCACCAGCAGCACCAGCAGCAGCAGCAGCACCACACCGCCCGCAGCCUAGACCGGGCUCUGGAGGAUGCCGUCAGCUCGGGGAUCCUGAACCUGAGCGGCAGAAAGCUGAGGGAGUACCCGGGGAUGAGCUACGACUUGACGGACACCACACAAGCAGAUCUAUCAAAGAAUCAUUUGACAGAAAUCCCCCCAGAACUGUGUCUGUUCGCCCCCCUGGAGUCUCUCAACCUCUACCACAACUGCAUCAAAUGCAUCCCAGAAGCCAUCAUCAAUCUACAGAUGCUGACCUAUCUUGACAUCAGCCGAAAUCUUCUGACAGUUUUGCCAAAAUACCUGUUCAGCCUCCCCCUCAAAGUCCUGCUCGUGAGCAACAACAAGCUCGUCUCCGUUCCCGAUGAGAUUGGAAAGGCCAAAGAGCUGAUGGAGCUGGAUGUGAGCUGCAACGAGAUCCAGGUCCUGCCAGCUCAGGUGGGGAGGCUCCAAGCCUUACGGGAGCUUAACGUCAGGAAGAACUGUCUUCACAUGUUGCCUGAGGAGCUGGCUGAUCUGCCCCUCAUUCGACUUGACUUCUCCUGCAAUAAGAUCACAGAGAUUCCUCCUGCUUUUAGGAAACUCAGGCAACUUCAGACCAUCGUCUUAGAUAACAACCCUAUGCAGUCUCCACCUGCACAGAUUUGCUUGAAGGGCAAAGUGCACAUAUUCAAAUACUUGAACAUCCAAGCUUGUAGAGUGGACAAGAAACCAGACACGCUGGAUCUGCCCACCCUCAGCAAACGCUGCCUUCCACAGCCUCUCACCGAUAGCAYGGAAGAUUUCUAUCCAAGCAAGAACCAUGGGCCUGACUCUGGAAUUGGUAGUGACAAUGGAGACAAGAGGCUGUCAACAACAGAGCCUUCAGACGACGACACCGUCAGCCUCCACUCCCAAGUUUCAGAGACAGCCCGUGCUGAUGCCCUUUCYUUACUCUCCAAAAUGGACUCUUGCAAAGAUCAGGAUCUCUGUGACUUUAUAGAGCCCAACCCCGAUGAGGAUCCUGCUCUGUCAGAGUGUGAUGGACAGCAAAGCAGUCAUGUGUCUUGCAUAAAGGAACUGGAGAAAGUUCUUAGCAUGUCUCAACAAUGUAAAGAUAAAGACAGCUGGAAGGAGGAGUCAGGUUCUGAUAAGGACCAGCUUGCCGAGGAGGAAGAUGAUGAGCUGAAAGAAGUGCUGGAUCUGAGGAAAAUCGCUGUCCAGCUUCUGCAGCAGGAACAGCAAAACAGACGACGAUCCUUAAUUUGCAGAGCAGAGAGUCUUAUUCACCGACGGAGAGUGACCGGCAGGGCACACAGAUUUCUGAGUCACUCUGGGAGCUCCAGCAGCAAACGACUGCCACCUCAGACUGUUCGUAGUGCUUCUUUGGAUGAAGGAAGUAGCGGAGCAUCAGUGCUGAGUGGACAGCCUUCAUCCUCCUGUUCCUUUGAUGGAAGCUUGAAGGCUGAACAAUCAGACUCGGAGCCAAGGUGGCCUGAAGUGCCACCAGUUCUAAAUCAGAAUGAGGACCGCAGGCGGAGCAAGUACCUGAGAAAAGACUACCUAAAAUAUAAGUGUCAGACUGCUCGUAAAAGCUCCAGCGGUGGUGAUGACUGUGAGGAGAGUUUACGCUAUGCAGAUUUCAGCACCACUUUGACAGUGUUUGGACUGAAGCCAAGAUCAGCCUUCACCAAAGGAAACCGUCAGGACAUCAGCUCAACAGACCCCAGCUUCACCAUGAGGAGGAAGAUGGAGCAUCUAAGGGAGGAGCUGGAGCAGAUAGGACUGUUACGACAGAACAUCGAGUCCAGACUGAAGGUGUUGCUUCCAGAUGAUGUCGGCGCUGCUCUGAUGGAUGGAGUGGUCCUCUGCCAUUUAGCUAAUCACAUUUCCCCUCGUUCUGUUGGCAGCAUUCACGUCCCAUCGCCUGCAGUACCAAAGCUGAGCAUGGCAAAGUGCCGCAGGAAUGUCGAGAACUUCCUGGAUGCUUGCAAGAAGCUCGGUGUCCCACAGGACAAACUGUGUCUGCCCCAUCACAUCCUGGAGGAGCGCGGCCUGGUGAAGGUCGGCGUGACGGUCCAGGCUCUGCUGGACCUGCCCGCGUCCAGGUCCACUCAUCUGUCGACUGUUUGACUCGAGCGGAAACGCUGCAUGUGUCCURCAGUCACAUAGCCUAUCUCUCUUCUCAGACUAAAUCUGCACACCUCUGCAGGGACUAAAUACCCCCCCCCCCCCCCUCCCCCGUCUGAGUGAAGCCCCAAUGGCUGGUGGUUUAUUAACAGUCUGCUUCUGCCUGACUGAAACAGGAGACGGCGUGAGGAGGAGCCUCCUUUUAUGACGUCAGGUGGAAGCAAAUUUGUCAUAUUAUCCCUUGUGUUGUGUACCUUGUUACUGGGGACMCCUUGUUUGUGUGUGUGUGAUUCUUGAGCUGCAGCGUGACCGCAGGUUUCUUAAAAACACUUAUGCCUCUUCCUUCCAGCUGUAAUUAAUGACUCUGUAAGUGACUGCACGUUCCCGGCGUUACACAGGACUGCGCUGAGUUCGCAGAGAUGUAACUCACGUUUUCACUUUUUUGCAACAAAGUUGUGUUUGUUCUAUGGCCACACGUUUCAAGUCAUAAAAGGAGCGUGACUUAUUAUUUUUUUUAUUUGCAGUGAGCUGCAUUUCAGCAUCUCCUCUGCUUUGCUUGAAGAGAAGAUGAAGAAGAAGCAAAGCGUUGAGUUCCUGGUGUUGUUUUUUUUUUAUUUUUUAUUUUUUAAACUCGACCAGGUUUGCUGAGCUUCUGUCUGGCUUUUUCAGCAAUCUUUAAACCUCCUUACGAGUUGUGAACUUCUUUUUUUCACAACCCUUUUGUACGCACCAAGGGAUGUGACAUCAGACCACUGUGAUAACACACUUUGAUUUAUGCCAAAAGCAUGACAUAUUUGUAGCUUUUUCAAUAAUGUUUAAUUUAUUUUUAAAAUGGUGUCAUGCAUUUYUCAUCAUAUUUUGCCACUUAUUACUUGCCAUGCCUGCAAAGACCACAGUAUUUACUGCAGUUAGAUUUUUUUUAAUAUAACCUCAAUUGAAAUGCCAAUAUUGUACUUUCUAUCCAUGUAUGAUGGUCCUUUGGAUCAGAAAGAGCAUCUUUAUGCAAAUCUUUCAUACUCAGCCUGGUGAUAUUUUUUAUACGAUCCCCCUGCUGUUCAAGGUUUCUCCUACAGUUUAUUAUUUUUUAGUGAAAGUGGUUUUUUUUACUUGUUUUAUUGCCCUUGGGUCAAGAUGACCUACAAGGCUCCAGUGUUAAAGUUGAGGUCUCGCAGGUCUUUUUGACCCAAGGGCAGCAGGUGGCUGAACUCAACCUUAUGUAGCUGAACAUCUGUCUUUCUUGGGUGUUUUUCUGAAUGCUGCUGGCUUCUCUGUCAAUGAGAAAACGCCGCUGAACUGCAGCUUGAGAAUCACUUAGUAAGCCAACAAAACACAGAUAAACAUUCAUCCAAAAUGGCAGCUCAUGCAAACCCCCACAAAUAAAUAAAAUAACUGUGACGUUCUCUAAAAAGCACGAAAUUAGRCACAAAUGGUGAAAAAAAUUACGUCUUAGUCAUUUGUAAUAAAUCAUUUAAAUAACAAACAA